GAACAUAUAAGCAAAAUGGAAGGUAUUAAUAAUACCAAUAUCACGUGUUUACCCGAUGAAAUAAUAUCAUUGAUAUUAAAAAAUAAUGAUCCUCGAGAAAUCAUCAGAUUUUCUGUAACAUGUAAACAAUUUUAUGAGAACGUAAUUUGCAAUGACUACCUUUGGAAAAUCAAGUAUUCCGAAAUAUUUCCUAAAGAAAUGGUGAAAAUCGUUGAAGAACAUUGUAAUAGUAACUGGUUGAAAGAGAUCAUUCAGUAUUACAAACUUAAAAGGAAAAAUUAUAUUGAACUAGUUUGUAUGUCUCCUAAAUAUUAUUGGCGAAUUAAUGAGGUGUCGCUUGAAGAUGUAAAAAUAUUUUUUUCAUUCGCAACAGAGACGAAUUUAAGUUUCUUUUACACAAUUUAUAUCCUUCAAAACAUUGUUAAAACAGGAAAUUACUAUUUAGAUAAUUUUACAAUUUUAAAACCUUUGUAUACUUUAACAGUAGUAUAUUAUGCCAAGAUAGCCCUUCGUCACUUGAUCCAAACCUAUCUUGCUGUUAAAUGGGUAGACUUGCACAUGCGACAAAAGUUGACACCUGAAGUUGUCAUAACAUUCUUCGUGCAAUGGGUAGAUCCGACUUGUAUAUACAGUGACGAGGAAGUCGAAAAUAAGAUCCAGAGCUUAGUAACAAAAGUCAAAGGUUUUCUAAGAGAUGUACAUUCAAAGAAAAACAGAGAACAAGAUGUGGAAAAGUACUCAGAUAAACAAAUACUCUCAGCAUUGUCUCAAGUUAUUUACAAGAGUGAAAACUUUUCUAUAUCAUCAAGUACAAAAGUGAUUACUUUAAACAUAGCAAAAGUAAUAGAUAAAAGUAACGGCAACGCGAUUACAUAUGCAGUCAUUUAUCAAGCAGUUGCUAAGAGGCUCGGCGUGAAAUGUGAACUUAUAGUAUUUCCAAAUCAUUUAUUCUUGGAAUGGCAAGAUAAUGACAUGCCACAUAAACCUCUGUAUACGGUAGAUCUAAUUACUGGAGAAAUAAAACCUAAAAGACAGUGCCCCUUCUCUCAAAGUGCUUAUAGUCGAUAUGAAUAUAGUCCUGACUCACUACUACAAUAUGUUUAUUCAUCAUACAUGAAAUCAAAGGGUGCUCUACGAGAUUGUAAGACGCAAAAUGCGAUUCACCUUUUGGACUUCCUUGAAACAAGACAAUUAAAUCACAAUCCUUAUAGAAAUUUCUUGCCUUAUUUGGUUGACCACGUAAAUCCGGCUCUGACUACAAGCUUAAAUAUGAAAUUCAUUCAAAAUGACCAUAUGCAACUCAUUUUGACUUUAUCAAACUUAAAUACUCCUCCGGAAGUCGCGUACCACCAAGUUCAAGUUAAAAAACAUCGUGAUUCUGUGAAAUAUGCCGUGGGCAUGAUAUGCUAUCACAAGCUAUAUAACUAUAUGUGUUGUGUCCGUGGUUGGGAAUAUAAUGGCGCCCACCUAAGGAUUCCGAUUGAUAAUAAUCUAUACUUUGGUCGGGAGCAACCAUUUUAUCGCGUUAUUGCAGGUGAUCAAUCAGAGAGAUUUGUCGCUCAAGAAAAUUUAAUAGCAGUUACAACACCAUUUCGGAUAUACUGCCUAGAGGACCACAUAGCCCGAGAGUUCACUCACUAUAAUGGAUUUUCUUACGUUCCUAAUGCUGAGAAGAAAAUAGAAUAUCCGAAUGAAGAACAUGUUACAGAAGUAUUUAGAAGACGUUUCGUAAAUGUUGCCACACCUUAAAACUUUGGAUUAUGUACCUACUAUCAUACUAAUGUUAUAAAUGCUAUAUGAUAUUUGUUACUCUUUUACGCAAAAACUACUGAAUUGAUUGUAAUAAAAUUUGAUACGUAGUUGAAAAGAGGACGGACUCGAGACUCAGAAUAACAUAUUAUGCUACUUUUAUCAAAGGAAUCGGAUAUUACGGGUGUAAACCGCGUAACGCAGUUAGUUUUGCAUAAGCUUUUAAUUGUGCAUAAUAUUUUUAAGUUUUUAUUGUUCCUUUCUUGACAUUAAAAAAAGCUUCCACAAGAAA